CCAUUUUGUAUUUAGCAAGUUGGUAAGAACACCUGUACCUGUACUAUUUUACACUGAGAAACGUCAGAAUGUUUAAAAUGUUGAUAAUUUGUGCUUGAUAUAAUAGGAAAGGAUACGUAUUUUGAAUCAAAAUGACGCAAGAUCAAACGAUUAUGACGAAGAUACAGAAGGUUGAAGAUACGUUAAAUGAAUCUAUGUAUAAACUAGAUGUGUUAAAAAAAAGACUAAAAACAAAAUUACUUACAAUGGAAACUCGUGAAGAACUGGAAUCAAAAUUAGAGGAAAUUCAGGAGGUACUUGUAAAAAAUGAAGAAAAAUUAAAAAAUUUGAGGAAACAAAAUACAAAGUCUUACAUGGUAGCAGCAAGCAUGAUUUUUGCAUGUUUUCUGCUCUAUGGAUUGUACUUAAUAUUUUAUGGAACAAUAUAAAUUGUUAAUUUUAAGGAAUGAAAUAUUAGUGUAUUAUAUUAAACAAUUAUUCAAUAUUUGUAUUAUAUUUUUUUGUAAUUUUGUACUUAUUGGCUAUUGUAAGAAAUGAUAUAGUUUUUAGUGUCAUUCAAACUAUAUUAAUAUUAAUAGAUUUUUAUAAAUCUAUAUAUUGUAUUGCAGUAGGAUUAUCAUUAAUAUAAAGAUAUAAUUUGUUAUAGAAACAAUGAAUAA